AUGGAUGCAUCCUACCACAGCCGCCUCCUGGGACGGGCGCAGCAGGUGGCAUCAUGGUCGCUGCGCCGCCUCCUGGGCAGGCCGCAGCGGGAUCCGCACGAAGAUGACCAACAGCAGCAACAGCAAGGACAAGACCCCGGCACGGCGGCCAACUUCACGCCCGACUGGAGAGGCAUACGGCAGGGCUGGCCGGCGGGCGUGACGUGUUCGCACCUGACCGAGUCGUGGUUUGCGGCGGCCGAUUCCGUCGACGACCCUGGUCCGUCAUGUUGCUGCUGUGGCUGCUGCCGUCGGACCGCAGGGGAGGAGGAUGAUGACUAUGCGGAAUGCGAGGGAGAGAAGCAGAGGCACGAGGAGCAGGUGGCGCGCGACACGCUGGCCGAGAUGCUGCAGGACGCUGUCCCGUUUGCGCUGUCGGACGGGUCCGCGUCAGGGCAGGCGGAUCCGAGGAUCGUGCGGGCGGCGCGGGAAAGGCUGCUCUGGGCCUUUGAUGAGGAUGUUGCCGGGGGUGGUGGGGAUGCGUUUGGGAUUAGGAGGAGGAAGAAGAAGAAGGAGAAGAAGAAGAAGGAAAAAGAUAACAAGGGGAGGAAGCAGAAGAUGACAAACGAGGAUAAUGGCAAGGGAGCAGCAACACGACAGCAACAGCGACAAUCACGCACAUUCCACCUCUUCCCAGACCUCCCCGCCGAGCUGCGCCUCGAGAUCUGGUCCCUGGCGCUGCGGGAGCGCAGCCGCGGGCUCGGGGUCGGCGUGGUGCGCGCCUGGCGCUACAACUGGCACGCCGACGUGCCCCCUCCCGCCCUGGCCGCGGUCUGCCGCGAAGCAAGGGACGUCGUGCUCUCUUCCAUGGUUACCACCACCACCGGCGGCGCGGCAGACCCCACGGGCUUGACGGUCUACGACCGUCUGGACCUCGGCAACUCGCCCGACGGGCGCAGACUGGCCGGUCUGCUCGGCUGCGUCGGGAAGCUGCGCGGCGGGGUCGUCCUGGGGCUGAACCACUUCCUCGGCCGCGGCCAGGCGAUCCAGGACGACGGGCUGCUGGGGCUGGACCUGGCGCGGCUGGCGGCGGGCGGGGGUGCGUCGCUCGGCAGCGUGCUCAAGGAGGUCGCGAGCGGGGGGAAGGGUGUGGUGCUGGUCACGGUGCAGACGGUGUACAUCACGCUGGGGUCCGGGACGGCGCCGUGGGAGGGCCCCGGCGGCGGGGUGGAGGGGUACCUGCAGCGGCUGCAGGCGAUUGGCGAGUUCGACUUUGUGAAAGAGGUGGACGUGACGACGGGGAGGGAAGGGUUCUCCGUCGACGACGCCGGCAACGUCGACGCCGGCAUGUACUGGCGGCAGAUGAUACCGCACGAGGCCUGCCACCACGUCACGGAGGUGGUGCCGCUGGGCGACGCGGCGAGGAUGCGCAGGAUCCUGGCCGUCGGGGAGGUCACGGGCCAGUGGGACGGCGGCAGGAGGCCCAAGCUGCUGGCCCUGGCGCACCACUCGCACGCGUUCUGUCUGGAUGGCUGCCUGGGCGAGUGGUGGCGGAGGUGCGGCGAGGAGACGGUCAGGGCGGGGAUGGAGAGGGUUAUGAGGGCGGAUGGGGUGGUGGGUGGUGAGGAGGAGGACGAUGGGGUGGUGGUGCUGCCAGAGGUGGUGCCGGCUGUGAGGUUCAAGAUCCAGUGGCCUGGGCUUGAACCGCCCAAGAUUGUUGAUGGGGAGGUUUGUUGGGAGGGUUGA